GCACAAGCGAAAGGACUUGAAAUGUUAGCCAAUUCUGAAGAAUCUAUUAAUGAAUUAUUUGAUAAUAUUCUGAAAAAUGAUAAAAAUACUACUGGUUGUUCUUUAAAUAAAACCAUGUCCAAAAUUGAUAAUGAAAUUUGGAUCACAGUACCAAAUAAUACAAAUGUUGCAGAAGCAGCACAUGUACAAAGCAAUCAUUGUGAAAAAAUUUAA